AUGGCCAACACCGCUCGAUCAAUCAAUGGGAUCGAGUCUACAAAGUGCAGCACACCACCCCUAAAUCAACUUCUAAACCAAAUUACCAGCAUCAAGCUUGAGAGGGGCAACUUCAUGCUUUGGAAGACAUUGGCUCUUCUGAUCCUUCGAGGAUAUCGACUAGAAGGUCAUCUAUCAGAUGAGCAAUCGCUGAAUCCACUCUAUGAAGCAUGGGUUACAGCAGAUCAAUUGUUACUUGGUUGGCUUUACAAUUCCAUGGCACCAGAGGUAGCAGUCCAACUAAUGGGAUUCGAGAAUGCCAAGUCAUUGUGGGAUGCCAUCCAUUCUCUGUUUGGUGUCCAAUCAAGAGCCGAAGAGGUUACCUCCGACGGGGGUAGUGGUCAGUCCAAGUCCAGCAUUCAUGGUGCUAGUCAAGGCAGUGUGAAAUUUCAGCAAAUCAAUUCUAAACCAAACUACUCCAACAAUGGCAGUGGUACUCGAGGCAAAGGCAGGGGCCGAGGAAAUUGCCCAACAUGCCAAGUAUGCUCCAAAUAUGGACAUUCAACGGAUGUAUGUUACCAGAGGUUCAAUCGUGAAUUUGUGCCUCAUACCAGUCAGCCUAAGGGUCCUGGACAGUAG